AUGGCCACCAUCCCCAAAAUAACCGAGGCCUACAGAACCGACCCUAUCCACGCUAUCACCAACAAAAACCUUGACUCUUUUGAAGAAAUCCCCGACACCCAUGAUUGGGUUCAACCCAACUCUUUCCCUUCCUUUAGAGAUGAUCACUCCAAUAAUAUUUCUGAUCUUCCCGACACCGACUCUGUCCCUUUAAUUGAUCUAUCUCUCCCUAAUGCCCCUAAGCUCAUCGGCAAUGCCUUACGAACUUGGGGAGUAUUCCAGGUCAUUAACCACGGCGUCCCCAUUUCUGUUCUCAACUCUAUGGAAACCUUGCUUCAUGAUCUCUUUGACCUUCCCACUCCCCAAAAGCUUAAGGCCGCUCGCGCCCCCGAUGGCGUCAAUGGCUAUGGUCGCUUUCGUAUCUCCCCCUUCUUCCCUAAAAGUAUGUGGUCUGAAGGCUUCACCGUCAGUGGUUCCCCUCUCGAACACUUCCAAAUACUCUGGCCUCAUGACUGCACCAAAUAUUGUGAUAUAAUUGAAGAAUUCGACCGAGAGUUGAAGGCUUUAUGUGGAAGGCUGGUGUGGCUUGCGUUGGGGGCAUUAGGCAUAACUAAGGAGGACGUGCAUUGGGCCGGACCGAACGGAGAUUUCGAGACCAGUAGUGGAGUGAUGAAUUUAAACUCUUACCCGGUCUGCCCGGACCCAGACAGGGCGAUGGGGAUUGGAGUUCACACCGAUUCUUGCUUCUUAACCCUUUUGUAUCAAAACAACACAAGUGGGUUACAAGUUUUGAGAGAAGGAAAACGGUGGGUGACUGUCGAGCCAGUUACCGGUGCACUGGUGGUUCAAGUAGCAGACUUGCUACAGAUUCUUACAAACGGGUUGUACUCGAGUCCAUUCCAUCAGGCCGUAGUGAAUCGGGAUCGAAAACGGCUCUCGGUGGCGUACUUUUUUGGACCGCCAGAAAACGCCGAAAUUUCACCGAUUAAGAAACUUGUGACCCCGACUCAACCAUUACUUUACCCUACGGUAACUUGGGCUGAGUACCUUCGUAAAAAAGCUGAGCUUUUUAACGACACACUUCCAUCUAUCCGUCUUUCCACUCCUCCUACCGGAUUGUCAGAUGUCAACGAUCACAACCAGAUGAAAAGAGGCUAA